UCAAAUCACUUAAUGUCCCUAGGUCAAAGUUUCUUCAUCUGAAAUGAAGGCUUUCAAUUAUUUUGUUAAGUAAGUUGAAGUUAAUGAUGUGCUGUGAAGUAAAUGGCCCCUAGUGAUGGAGACACGUGGAACCCUUGACUUUCUGUUUUGGAAAUCGUUCAAAAGUCUGGCAGCGGUUUUGUUGGAAUGAUAGAGUGGGAAGUUUUUCUGCAGUCGGAGUUUAUCUUUUGAACAGAUAAUUACUGAGUAGCCUCUCUCUUAUGUGGAGAAGAUUAUCAAUCCCUUUUUAUAAGGAGUUGAAUUCUGGUUGAGUAGGCUAGGCAUUAUAUAAGCUCAAUAAUGGGGCCACAUGAAUAAUACAGGAUAUCAAUGUGAUCUGAAGGCUUUGAGGUGUGGGUAGAAUUUGACUGAUCCUGGAUAAAGGGGGAGAACUGGCCCAUCUGGGGCACCAGGCAAAUACUGUAGAGGGAAAAUACACGUGGCGUUUUCUGGUACUAGUGCCUCCAGCUACAGAAGAGGUGAGAAGUUCCUCUUUGGGGCUAGGUUAGGAUGCCUUGAAUGCUUGGAAAUCUUGUUAGUAAAGGAAAAGCUUUGGGGAAUUGUCGGAGCUAUCCCAGGGGAGGGCAGUGAAGGUCUUUAACUGGGUAGUAAGCGUGAGAAGGCAAACCUGAUAUUAGAGGAGAAGAGACCAUGGAUGGUAAUCUUUGCGGUUCCUGAUUUUCACCUGUUGCUGAGCUGCCUGUGCAAAGUCUCACUUACUCCUUUUCACCUGAGUGCAGAAUAUAUUCUCUCCCUCUGCCUCCCCCUCUCUCAUUCGUGUAGCAUAGCACUCAGCACAGUCCUGCGCUAUGAGAGACUAAUGGCAUUGUUCGAAGCCGAGAUCCUAUUUUGCAAAAUGUGAUAGUCAAAUCAUCCCCUAACAGCCUUAGUUUUCUGGGUAGUUACUGCCUUUGAUAGGCAUGUGCAUGCCUUCUGCAAGCCUGUACGGGACUGAUCUAGCUGCUCAGAGAUGCAUGUCAAAGCAGGCAUGUUGCCUCCUUUUUUCCUCUCUUGGGUUAAGCAAGAUGGUACAUGCUGAAGCCUUUUCUCGUCCCUUGAGUCGGAAUGAAGUUGUUGGUUUAAUUUUCCGUUUGACGAUAUUUGGUGCAGUGACAUACUUCACAAUCAAAUGGAUGGUAGAUGCAAUCGAUCCCACCAGAAAGCAGAAAGUGGAAGCUCAGAAACAGGCAGAAAAGUUAAUGAAACAGAUUGGUGUGAAAAAUGUGAAGCUUUCAGAAUAUGAAAUGAGUAUUGCAGCUCAUCUCGUAGACCCUCUUAACAUGCACGUUACUUGGAGUGAUAUAGCAGGUCUGGAUGAUGUCAUUACGGAUCUGAAAGACACAGUCAUCUUACCCAUCAAAAAGAAGCAUUUGUUUGAAAAUUCCAGGCUUCUGCAGCCUCCGAAGGGAGUUCUUCUGUAUGGGCCUCCAGGCUGUGGUAAAACAUUGAUUGCCAAGGCUACAGCCAAAGAAGCAGGCUGUCGAUUUAUUAACCUUCAGCCUUCGACGCUGACGGAUAAGUGGUACGGAGAGUCUCAGAAACUGGCUGCUGCGGUCUUCUCCCUUGCCAUAAAGCUACAGCCUUCCAUCAUUUUUAUAGAUGAAAUAGAUUCCUUUCUGCGAAACCGUUCAAGUUCUGACCAUGAAGCUACCGCCAUGAUGAAAGCUCAGUUUAUGAGUCUGUGGGAUGGAUUGGAUACUGACCACAGCUGUCAGGUCAUAGUUAUGGGGGCCACCAACCGUCCUCAGGACCUUGACUCGGCCAUAAUGAGAAGAAUGCCUACGAGGUUUCAUAUCAACCAGCCUGCUCUGAAACAAAGAGAAGCAAUCCUGAGACUCAUCUUGAAAAAUGAAAACGUGGACAGGCACGUGGACCUGCUGGAAGUCGCCCAGGAGACGGACGGUUUCUCAGGCAGUGACCUGAAGGAGAUGUGCAGGGACGCCGCCCUCCUGUGUGUCCGGGAGUAUGUUAACUCUACAUCGGAAGAAAGCCGCGAUGAAGAUGAAAUCCGGCCUGUGCAACAGCAGGACCUGCAUCGAGCGAUUGAGAAGAUGAAGAAAUCCAAGGACGCCGCAUUUCAGAAUGUUUUGACACAUGUUUGUUUAGAUUAAGAGUAAAGAUCAUUUGUACAGUUCAGUGUGAUCUAGUUUGGUGCACUCUUAUCAUCAGUGGAAAUAGAACGAAAACAGGAAUGUCCUUCACGCCGUGAGAGAGUUAAAUGUUCACGACACUGGUUUUAUACUCUGACUCCUAAGUUAUUGAGAUGUAGUUGUUCUAUAAGCGGUGUUACUACUCGUCAGAAAUCAUGAGGAGGAACAGUCUAAUCCAGCCUGAGUGCGGGCUCGCGUCUGACCUCUGUCUCCGGACGCUGCGGCCUCAGAGCAUCUAAGCUGGUCUUAAAGUAACGAUUUGUCGAGUCAUUUGUGGAAACAGGGAUGUGGGUAAGUGCUGGUUUCUCGAUACGUGAGUGAGUGAGUGAGUGAGUGAGUGGGUGCGUGCGUGUGUAUUAAAUGUAUAUAUUCACACAUUUUAUAUCGAUACUCUGUAGAUAUGUUUGAAUACGGAAACUUUUUUUUACCCCAACUACUGAAUCAAAAAGUACCAAAUAGUGUACAGCAGAACUAAGAUUUCUGGUCGUGUGUAAAGGUACAGUGAUUCAGCCAUUUCCAGCUGUCGCUUGUGUCCGCUUUCGUUUUAAGUUGAGCAUUUCUCCGCAGUGGAAUAGUCGGAGUCCGCCACGUCUCUGCUUCAGAAGGGGCUCCACUAUUACGCUGGUCGGAAAAUCCAACAAAAAUACUUGAUCAGUGAUCAGCAUUGAGUGGUUGUCAGGCUUUUGGAUGAUCGACACGGAUUUCAAGUCUUUCUGUAAGCACACUGAGCAGAGGCCUGUUUUCAAUCGAUACACGUGAACGUGGUUGGAGGAGCCUUUCCAAAUGGCUUUGAAAAACUACAGUGCCAUGCAGCACACAUCUGUGACUUUUCCUUCAUUUGAUGGAACGUAGUUCUGUUGUAGCCAUGGUUUUGUAAUGUUAUUUUAAAGUUAUGUUUUUUAAUUAUGGUCAAAUAUAAUUUGGUCAUCAGAAAUGGAAUGAUAGUUUAAAACAAGUAGCUGUUGCUAGCUGUGCUAAAAAUACUCAUUUUGUGACUUUGAUUUUUAAAGUUUUCUUAGCAUAUUAUGAAUUGUGCCCUAGUUAGUACAGAUACACACGUCGGAGUCCCCAUAUUGUAUCCGUGGUCAUUCGAUGCUGUGUGCCCUCCAUAGGAAACAUUUUUUUUUUUUGUCCAGAAUUUCACUAACCAGAAUUCUGUUAUAGGCCCUUAAACACACCGCAUGAGGAAAAUGGCACAAUAUGGUCUUGAGGUGCCUUCUGUGAACCAUCUGAAAGAUUAAAUUAUGCUCCAUAUA